AUGAGAAAAUAUAAUGGGAACGUCAAAAGAAGCAGAGACGAGGAAUAUGAUGAGAAUGAAAAUGUAAAUGGAGAGCGGACUAGCAUAACGUUAGUGCGAGCAACUUUAUUACCAAUAUUAAGUAUAGGUAAGAAUGAAAAGACAACAUUAUUUCAUCCUUUUAAGAAUCCCUUACCUGGUUUUGUAAGUGACAAGACAUUAUAUUUGAAGAAGACAUUAGGUGUAAAGGUGAGAAAGACUGGUUGGAUAAAUUUGAUGAAGAAUUCCAUUCCUAGAAGAUCUGAUGAAACAGAAGAACAAGGAAAGAUAGAAGAAGUUAUUAAAAAGCAUGAACCGUUAAUUUUAUAUGAAGAUGAAAAUGAUAAGAUUGAAGUUGAUCCUAUAUUAGCUCAAUAUUUAAGAGAACAUCAAAGAGAAGGUGUUCAAUUUGUUUUUGAGUGCUUAAUGAAUAUAAAGGAUGAUAAAAUAAGUGGAUGUAUAUUAGCUGAUGAUAUGGGUCUUGGUAAAACAUUACAGAGUAUAACUGUUUUAUAUACCUUAUUAAAACAAGGAUUUCAUAAAAAGUCGGCUGUACGUCGAUGUUUAAUUUUAUGUCCAGCUAGUUUAAUAAACAAUUGGAAUGAUGAAAUAAAUAAAUGGAUUCCAAAUAGAUGUAAUGUAACAUGUGUAAAUGAUAAUGCAAAAGAGAAGAUUGUUAGUAAAUUAGAAGGUUUUAAAUAUGACAUCCAAUCUACUGUUUUGAUAUGUUCUUAUGAAUGUUUUCGUAUAAAUAAUGAAUUUUUAGAUAAAUCAUCUAUAGAUAUGAUAAUAUGUGAUGAAGCACAUCGUUUAAAGAAUGAUAAAACCAAAACAUAUACAAGUAUUUAUAAUCUGAGUGCAAAAAAAAGAUUAUUAUUAUCAGGAACUCCUAUACAAAAUGAUUUAGGAGAAUUCUAUGCUUUAAUAUCAUUAUGUAAUCCUGAUUUAUUUGACGAUAUAAAUUUGUUCAGAAAAAAAUUUGCUAAUCCUAUAUUGAUAGGUAGAGAAAAGGAUGCUACAGAAAAGGAGCAAGAAAUAGCAUCUGAACGUUUAACUGAAUUAUCUAAUAUUACAAAUAAAUUUAUAUUAAGAAGAACAAAUAAUUUAUUAUCUAAAGUAUUACCCGUCAAAUAUCUGAUCAAUAUAUUUAUUAAGUUAAGCCCUAUUCAGGAAGCUUUAUAUGUAUUAUUCUUGAAGGAUAAAAAAAUAUUAAAGAAUGAUAAUACGAAUAAUAAAGUGAAUGUAUUAAUAAAUAUAAAGAAACUUGAAAAAAUAUGUAACCACCCAUUGUUAUUGAAUGCGAAUGAUAUAAAGGAAAUAGGACAAAUAACGUUGUCAAAAAUGAUAGAGGAUGUGGUUCUUGAAAUGCAGACGAAUAUGAAGUUGUCGAAUAGAGUUAGCAAGGGAGAAGUUAAGCGUGGUUGUGUAUUAAAAGUUGAUAAGAGUAUAUCACAAAAUAAUAAUAAUAAUAAUAUGAAUAGUAUGAUUGAUAUGAAUAGUAUGGUUAAUAUGAACAAUAAUAAUAAUAAUGAUAAUAAUACAAAUGUAAGAUGUGGUAGUAAGGGUAAUUCGAAUGACGUCUCUGGAUAUAUAGGAAAUAAAAGAAAACAAGUUGAAUUAGAUUAUAACAAGCCUGUAAAAAGAAUUAUUGAAGAAUGUAAAAGAGAUAUAUAUAGAUCGUAUUAUAAUUUUUCUUGUAAAUUUUUAUUAUUACAUUUUUUAUUAAAAAAUAUAAAACAAAAUACUAAUGAUAAGGUAGUGAUAGUAAGUAAUUAUACUCAGACAUUAGAUUAUAUGGAAAUAUUAUGUAAAGAAAAUAUGUAUAAAUUUGUACGUUUAGAUGGAGGAAUAAAUAUAAAAAAGAGACAUAAAGUAAUAAAUGAUUUUACACAUAGUGCUGAUAUAUUUAUAUUUCUUUUAUCAUCUAAAUCAGGAGGAUGUGGUAUAAAUUUGAUAAGUUCAAAUCGUUUAAUUUUAUUAGAUCCUGAUUGGAAUCCAGCUAAUGAUAAACAAGCUUUAGCAAGAGUUUGGAGAGAAGGUCAGAAAAAAAUUUGUUAUAUUUAUCGUCUUUUUUGCACAGGUACUAUAGAUGAAAAAGUGUAUCAAAGACAGAUAAGUAAAGAUGGUUUAUCUAAUAUGAUAGUAACAACAACAAACUUGUCAAAAGACCAAAUGUCUGAUGAAAAUGUGAAGAAAUUAUUUAAUUAUAAAAUGAAUACUGUAUCAGAGACUCAUGAUAAUAUUGAAUGUAACCGCUGUAAUUUUAAUGGGCCGUUUCCUAGCAUUCAUAGAUCAUCUUCUGAGGUUGAUCCGAUUAAUAGGAAUAAGACAAAAGCUAAGAACGACACUAAUAUUAAUAGUAACAAUAUUAGUGGUAGUAAUAACAAAAGUGAUGAUGAUAAAAAUUAUGUUGAUGGUGGUGAACAUUUUGCUGAACAGCUAGAAGACUUCGAAGAAGACGAUGUUAAUACUUGGGCACACCAUCAAAAUAUAGACACUGUUCCUGAUAAUAUUUUAAUAAAAGCAGUAAAGGAUGCUGAAGAAUAUAAGAAAAAUGAUAUGAAUAGUAUGCCGCUUCUUCAAAAACUUACCCACGAUUUUGUUACCUUCACCAUGAGCUGUAAAAUAGAAUAUAGAGAUGAUUUGAUCAAGCAAAAGUCGGAGCAAGCUAAAAUGCGGGAGAAGGGGGAGAAUCAGGUAAAUGAGAAGAGCAUGCAACGGAUGAAAUUAGAGGCCCAAGAUGAGAAAAAGGGGAAGGCACAUAAAAAUUGUAAAAGAGAAGAAGACGAUGAAGAGGAUGAAGAGGAUGAAGAGGAUGAAGAGGAUGAAUUUGAUGGUGACGAGGAGGAUAAUGACGAAGAAGAUGAAUUUGAUGAUGAUGAUGAUGAGGAAGAUAACGACGAAGAAGAUGAGUUUGUUGAUGAUGAUGAUGUGAAGGAAGUUCCUAUCCAUUCAGGAUUGGAUAAGGUAAAAAAUAAAAAGAUUGAGCAUAUUAUUGAAAGUGAUGAAGACGAACCCAAUGAUGCGUGUCGAAAGAAGUUGAACGAAUUGGUUCAAUAUCAAAGGGAAAGGAAAAAGAGAGAGGAUGAAUUAAUGAAUAAAAAGAGGGAGCCCUUAAGUGACGAUGACAAGGAGAAGGUUGGUUGUUUAAAGGGGGAAAAGAGCAACAGUAAUAAUAACACUAAUGGUGGUGAUAAUACAACCAAUGGUGAUAAUAAUAAUAAUAAUAUGAAGAAAGAGGACGAAACAAAUUAUAAUAAUAAUCCUCACAAUAAAAAUAAAAACGAUGAGAAAAUCAAAAAUAGUAAGGAUGAACCAUCUAAAAGAAUUACAAGAAAUAUGAGCCACAGAAGUUUAGUUGAACUUCUUUCUCAAGAUGAAGAUUCAAAGGACAGUUUAUCUAUGUCAGAGGAUAUAGAAGAAAUAUCUGCAGAAAAUGUAAGUACAGAUAGUUCCUAUUUUAUAUAG